AUGCUUCUCCUCUGCAUCCUCUUCCUAAGCCUGGCCGCCGGCCAAUUGAUCGGCCCCGUGGGUCCAACCACCGACCUCUCCCAAAAGACCCACGAGUGCAGCAUCCUCGACUACGGCGCCGUGGCGGACAACAGCACCGACAUCGCCGACGCGCUGGAGGCCACCUUCAAUCAAUGCGUGCACCCCAACCCGGGCAGCCGGCUGGUCGUGCCCGAGGGCGAUUAUCUGAUCGAGCGCGGCGUGGUGCUCAGCAACGCCACGAACUGGGCGUUCCAGCUGGACGGGCUGAUCACCGCCGCGUAUGGCGGCAACUGGACCAUUGAACGUGCGUUGAUCCUCCAGGGCUAUGCCGGCGUGGAUGUGCUAAAUUCCACCAUCAACGGUGAGGGUGACCAUAAGUUCCUGCUAGAUGUGCUGGUGAUUGUCAAUGCGGUCGACUUUGAGUUCUACUCGUCCAACGGACUGGGUGCCAUCCAGGGCCAGGGUUAUAUCUACCGAAACCUCAACAACACGGAACGUCCGCGUCUCGUCCGCCUGGUCUCAGCCAUCAACGCCACGGUCCAUGACCUGAUCCUGGUCGAUAGUCCCAAGUUCCACUUCGUGCUGGACUUCGGCGUCAACGUCGAGGUCUACCACCUCACCAUCCGCGGUGCGAACCUGGGGAGCUACGACGGCAUUGAUGCUAUUGGCACCAACUAUUGGAUCCACGACAACGAGGUCACCAAUCGCGACGAAUGCGUCUCCGUCAAGAGUCCCUCGCACCACGCCCUGAUCGAGAACCUGGUCUGCAACCAAGCGGGCUCAGGCAUCUCGAUCGGGAGUCUGAACGUCUCCGCGGAGAUCUCUAACAUCGUGGCCAAGAACAUCAGCAUCAUCCAAGACAACAACAUCGCCUUCAUCAAGACCUACCCCGGUGGAUCCGGGUACGUGACCAACGUCACGUUCGAGAACUUCCGGUCCAAGGCCAGCCUGUACGGGCUGAGCAUCAACCAGUACUGGCAGAACACAUACGAGCCGGACACGGGCGCCGUGGCGUUGAGUAACCUGGUGUUCAAGAACUUCUCCGGCUCCGUAGCAGAAGGCACCAAGCGCCCGCCACUCUUCCUGGUCGCCAACGACCUCACGUACGCCACCAACGUGACUAUCGAGGACUUCACCCUCUGGACGGAGUCCGGCUCCACCGUGCUCAACAAGAUCAACAACGUCUUUGGGACUGCUGAUGACUCCUACGGCGACAACGACGGCAUCAAGCCGCUGGCCCCCGGCGAGACCCCGACCACCUAUACCAGCACCUAUACCAUCACCGCGUCGCCGACCGGGUGGAUGGCCCCUGCGUCGCCGACGUGGGCGGUGCCCAGUACGGGUUAUGGCACUGCGUCGCCGAUUCCGGUGUAUAUUCCUAAGCCCCUGUGGAGGCCCGGUGGUGUGGACUAUGAUCUGCAUUAUUGGGGGAGUUUCUAG